CCACCAGGUGUGCAAGCCUCAGACUCGGGCCACGCUGAGGGUGCCCUUCCCCCGCUGGCUGCUGCCCAGGACGCCAUGAGCCAGUCCGGGUCCGUGAGCUGCUGCCCGGGUGCCACCAACGGCAGCCUGGGCCGGUCCGACGGUAUGGCCAAGAUGAGCCCCAAGGACCUGUUUGAGCAGAGGAAGAAGUAUUCCAACUCCAACGUCAUCAUGCACGAGACCUCCCAGUACCACGUCCAGCACCUGGCCACGUUCAUCAUGGACAAGAGCGAAGCCAUCACAUCUGUGGACGAUGCCAUCCGGAAGCUGGUGCAGCUGAGCUCCAAGGAGAAGAUCUGGACCCAGGAGAUGCUGCUGCGGGUGGACGGCGAGUCCCUGCGGCUGCUGGACAUCGAGUCUCAGGAGGAGCUGGAGAACUUCCCGCUGCCCACUGUGCAGCGCAGCCAGACGGUGCUGAACCAGCUGCGCUACCCGUCUGUGCUGCUGCUGGUGUGCCAGGACUCCGAGCAGAGCAAGCCCGACAUCCACUUCUUCCACUGCGACGAGGUGGAGGCAGAGCUGGUGCACGAGGACAUCGAGAGCGCACUGGCCGACUGCCGGCUGGGCAAGAAGAUGCGGCCGCAGACCCUGAAGGGACACCAGGAGAAGAUCCGGCAGCGGCAGUCCAUCCUGCCCCCUCCGCAGGGCCCGGCGCCCAUCCCCUUCCAGCACCGUGACGGGGACUCCCCACAGGCCAAGAACCGCGUAGGCCCACAGGUGCCGCUCAGGGAGCCAGGCUUCCACCAUCAGGAGUCCCAGGAGGAAGAGCCGAGGGCCGUGCUGGCUCAGAAGAUAGAGAAGGAGACGCAAAUCCUCAACUGCGCCCUGGAUGACAUUGAGUGGUUUGUGGCCCGGCUGCAGAAGGCGGCAGAGGCUUUCAAGCAGCUGAACCAGCGGAAGAAGGGGAAGAAGAAGGGCAAGAAGGGGCCAGCAGAGGGUGUCCUCACGCUGCGGGCACGGCCCCCCUCUGAGGUCGAGUUUGUGGACUGCUUCCAAAAAACCAAGCUGGCAAUCAACCUGCUGGCCAAGCUGCAGAAGCACAUUCAGAACCCCAGCGCAGCGGAGCUUGUGCACUUCCUGUUCGGGCCUCUGGACCUGAUCGUCAACACCUGUGGUGGCCCCAACAUUGCACGCUCUGUCUCCUGCCCACUGCUCUCCCGAGAUGCUGUGGGCUUCCUGCGUGGCCACUUGGUCCCCAAGGAGAUGUCGCUGUGGGAGUCACUGGGAGAGACCUGGACACGGCCCCGCUCCGAGUGGCCACAGGAGCCACAGGUGCCUCUCUAUGUGCCCAAGUUCCACAGCGGCUGGGAGGCCCCCGUGGAUGUGCUGCAGGAGGCUCCCUGGGAGGUAGAGGGGCUGGUGCCUGCCCCUGUCGAGGAGGUGCAUCCAGUGAGCCGACAGUCCACACGAAAUUCCCAGAAGCACAGUCUCGCUUCAGAGGCCACAGCCCCAGGGGAUGCACUACCACCAGUCAGCUCCCCACAUGCUCACAGGGGCUGCCAGCCAACACCAGCCAUGGCCAAGUACGUCAAGAUCCUGUACGACUUCACAGCACGAAACGCCAAUGAGCUGUCGGUGCUCAAGGAUGAGGUCCUAGAGGUGCUGGAGGACGGGAGGCAGUGGUGGAAGCUGCGCAGCCGCAGCGGCCAGGCGGGGUACGUGCCCUGCAACAUCCUGGGCGAGGCGAGGCCGGAGGACGCCCCGUUCGAGCAGACCAGCCAGCAGUACUGGGGCCCCGCCAGCCCGACCCGCAAGCUGCCCCCAAGCUUCCCGGGGAACAAAGACGAGCUGAUGCAGCACAUGGACGAGGUCAACGACGAACUCAUCCGGAAAAUCAGCCACAUUAGGACGCAGCCGCCGCGGCACUUCCGCGUGGAGCGCAGCCAGCCGGUGACCCAGCCGCUCACCUACGAGUCGGGCCCCGACGAGGUCCGCGCCUGGCUGGAAGCCAAGGCCUUCAGUGCGCGGAUCGUGGAGAACCUGGGCAUCCUGACCGGGCCGCAGCUCUUCUCCCUCAACAAAGAGGAGCUCAAGAAGGUGUGCGGGGAGGAGGGCGCUCGCGUGUACAGCCAGCUCAUGGUGCAGAAGGCCUUCCUGGAGGAGAAGCAGCAAAGCGGGUCUGAGCUGGAAGAACUCAUGAACAAGUUUCAUUCCAUGAAUCAGAGGAGGGGGGAGGACAGCUAGACCCUGCUGCGGCGGGCGGGGCCUGUCAGAGGGGAAGCCCACCCGCAGUGCAUGGAGUACUGUUUUUAUAUGUGUAUGUAUUUUGUACCAAGGACACGGAGGGGGUGUGGUGCUGGCCUGGGUCCCUGCCCCUGUCAGAAGGCACAAGGCCCGUCCUUGGGCCCAGCAGUGCCCAAGGCCCAGCCCGCACCAAGGCCAAUCUCAGCCAAACCUGUCGCCCAGUGGUGCCAGCCCCUUGUCCACCUUCCCAAGAACACAGAACUCCCUGGGGUGGGGCCUCUGUCCCUGGCCUCCCCAGUACACCUGUGGGGUCGAGACCCCUCUGAUGCUCCCCCAUCUCCACCCCCUUCCACAUCCACCACACCCCAGGGUGGGCUGGAGCUAGGGCUGGCAGGGCUGAGCCCCGCACACACGCAGGGUUCUGCUCCUUGAGGGGGGCCCGGGAGGGGCUCCAGCAGGCCAUGCCUGCCUUGGAGGGGGAAUGCUACAUGCUUCACCUGCAUGGGUGAGAAUGCAGGGGACACAGCCGGCCUCAGACGCCCUCAGCGCUCACCCUCACAGGCCCAGGACUGGAGCUUCCUCUGGCCAGGUUUCAGGCCAAGGAUCCCUGCAUGGUGUUGGGGUGCUGGUGGGUCCUGGUGCCUGGACUUGAGUCUCACCCUAGAGCUAGGAGGUGGCUGAGGCAACAGCGCUAAGCGAUUAAACCAGUAAAGUCUCCAGGA